UAUUUAACUCUUAUUUUAUCUCCCAGUUCCUUAUUUAUAGUCAGGUCGCCUCCAAUAACACUCCAAGGGACGUGAGCUGCUAGUGUUUCACGUGUAUUUGUUGAUUCUACUUAAAUUAAAGGUGCAUUGCUUUUUUUUAAACAAUGUCGGUGCUGUUUCGUAAAAUAUCGCAAGUUGCGGUCAUAGGAACAGCUACAAGUAUAGGCUGGCUCUUAGGCUAUAAUAAAUCACAUGAGAAAGUGAGGGUUGGCAUCCCAGGCAUUGAAACAGUCUCAGCGGCUAGUCAUCAAGGCAGUGUUAUUAACACACAAGCACCAGAUGUUGUUCCUUUGCCGGCUCCAAAUGCUCCACGGAUAGCACAGAUCAUGCGAUUUGGUUUUCCAAGUUUGUCAAAUGUAAGAUCACUGAAUGACUUUGUUUUGUCAUACGAUACAAGAAAUCGCAUCCCAUACUGGGUCUGUGAACACCUGACAGCAGAAAGUGUAGCAAAAAAUCCCAGUGUUGACAGAGCCAAAAGUGACUUUCAUGAAGAUACUUCAGUUCAUCAGUACUUCAGAUCUGAAAAUCGUGAUUACAAAGGGAGUGGUUAUGAUCGAGGACAUUUAGCUGCAGCUGGUAAUCAUCGCCGAUCCCAGGAGGAUUGCAAUGAAACCUUCCUCCUUUCUAAUAUGUCACCACAGGUCGAUUCUUCAGGUGAUGUGUUAUCCUCUUGUGAUAGAACUGAUCUAGGUACCUUCUACCCCCCUGUCCUUACUGAAGCGAGAAAGAUGAAAACACAGGUAGGAAGAGGGUUUAACCGGGACAAGUGGAAUGACGUGGAGCAGUAUUGUCGACAGUUGACAAAGAGUUAUGCCAAUGUUUAUGUAUGUACUGGACCCCUGUUCUUGCCAAGACGUGAAGAGGACGGCAAGCUUUAUGUCAAGUAUCAAGUGAUUGGCCAGAAUCAUGUUUCAGUCCCAACCCAUUUUUAUAAGGUAGUUGUUUGUGAAAGCAAUACAGGAGAACUGGACCUAGAGUGCUUCCUGUUACCAAAUGUGGCGAUUGACGAUAGUGUACCUAUUGCAUCAUUCCACGUUCCUCUAGAAACUAUUGAAAGAGCAUCAGGCCUCCUUAUUUUUGAUAAACUCAGUCAACAGAAAUUCAAGAAGAUUAAUGGUCAGAAGGUUGGAUGGUUUUAAGAGUAGACAUUGACAAGGUGUUGUUAAAGACUCCAUUAGCAGUGAUGUAUUUUUUUGUGAAAUUUAUUUAAUAUAUGAUGAUGUAGAAUUUCAAUUGACUUGCAAUUUAUGUUAUGAAGAAAUUGCUUAAAGAUAUAGGAGUGAAGAUUAUUAUAAUUUAGUGAAGAUUAUUAUGAUUUUGUUAAUUUGUUGCAAAAAAAAUCUAACUUGUUAAUAUUAUUGUUCUUAUAAAAAUUGUUCUGAAUAUAAUGACCAAUUUGUUUUAUAUUUAAAAGCAACAUAAUUGGCUGAAUAGAAUUCUUUUGAAAUUGUUGAUUUGAUUUUUUAUGGUUUACAGAUCAUUAUGAAUUUAUUAAUUAAUGUUAUUGCUAUUAAAGAUACUAGAUGUAUGAUACAAAAAAUUGAAGAAAAUGAAAUAACUGAUAC